CGUCGUUCCCAGGGCGAUGAAUACCUCGCAGGGAGGUUCUAUCAGGUCGAGUCAAAGCUGCCGGGUGCCUUGGGUUCAGUGACCUCUAACUCCAAGAGCCACAGCUUUUCUGCUCUGGAGGUAUGGCCGUACGACAAAGAUCAGGACGACUUCGAACGAACUGGCGGCGACAGCCAUUGUGCAAUGGAAGACGUCUGGCAAAGAACACCAUGUCCCGUCAAGGCCACUUCUGUAUUGUCCCGUCGACGGAGGCCCCAAAAAUCGACAGGGCAGUUUCAACUUCAAGUAUAUGUCAGGUUCGAAGAGCAUCUCGAAUCCCACAGAAAUGGAACCACACAAUCUCCCCGCUCCGAUCCCCAUUGUGCUUUCAUGCUAGACUUCUGCCAGGAACCCAGGCAUGAACCACAGCAUAUCGACGGUGAGUUCUCAUGUAGUGCAUGUAGACUUCGUUUCAGUCUGGUCAAGAACUGUGAUGCUCAUAUUCUCGAAUGCUUUGUGGAUAAUGCCAUCGACCUGCACCAGGCUGAGGUUGCCAACGUGAUCGUCUGCGGAGGUUUGCGUUGUGGUGCAAUAUACCCAGGCCACAAGGACGGCAGAGCUUUGAUGGAAGAACACCGAAAGAUGCACGUCGAUGGGGGACUAUGUUUACUGGAUGGCGUUGUAAGUCUCGUCAUACAACAAGCCAAUAAUCGUAGACGCAAAGACUGCCCAGGUCAAUUAUUCGUUGCUCCAGCCCAGCCCGAGGUUGAGCAGCCGUCGAUCAUACCACUUGCUUCAUCUCAGUCUCGGGCAAAGCAGCUGUCAGUCAAAUCGGUGGAUCCAAACCGGGCUCAAGCAAAGAAGGAUACUCUCGCUAGUGUACAAUCGACACAGCCUGCAGUCAAGAAGUUGACACGCGCCAGCUUUGCACUGAUGCUUCCUCUGACAACCAAGCGGACUACGGAGAGUCACUUCGCUAGAGAAGAACCACCGCCUACUUCACCUGAGUCACACUAUCUGCAGCUAGAUGCAAGGACCUAG